UAAACGUCUGCCGUGUAUUGACUUAUCUGGGCAUCAGUUGGCAGCCCUACUAAUAUCGAUUAGAGUCGUGCCUUGAAGAGUUCCUCGAGAAUGUCCAGUACUAAGAUGUAGAAGCCGCCGAAAUUAAGUUGCCAAGUUGCAGCGACUUAACUUAUUCAGACGAAAAGUUGUCAAUCUAUUGUAAGAUCGGGCCAGAUCAGUUGCCAAACCAUUGCUAUAUUGCUAAUAUAUAUUAUAAUUAUUAUUAAAUAAAACAUAUAGAACAAAAAAUUAUCUUACAUGGUGGCUCAACCGAAGCAGCCAUUAAAACAGUCGAAAAAAGUGUAGUUGUGUGUGUGAGCGUCCUCUUUUUUUGGACAAGAACAAAGCCAAAAGAACAAGUUUGCGGUUUACUUAAAAUUCGUUAAAAUGAUACGGUCCGUGAAAAAGAACCAACAUGACAAUCAGUACCAAUAUAAAACCCGAAAACGGCAGCAGUAUGAAAAUCAAAAUCCAGGAAACGCAGAAAUGAAAGAUAUGGGUGUGAAUACAACUUUUUUUCUUCGCCGAACGAGAUAGAAGACCAAAACCAAAAGGAAGAAAGAUGCGAGGAAGAGGUUGUCCGUUUGAAAAUGGCAGGGCAGCAAAACAGCUAGCCGUGAAAAAGUGCACAUGAACAACGAUCUGAGCGAAGAGCUUAAACUGCUUGCAGCGAAAAUUGGUCAAAGAUUCCUUAAAGUAAUGUCUCAUUUUGAUGGAGUUUUAAUUCCAAUAAAGCAGUGGCUGAAGUCCUUUAACCAAAACGCCGAUGGCUAUGAGUUGACCCCUAACCAAAAAUAUAUCAAUAUAUCGUAUAAAAAUGAAAAGAACAGCAAAGUAUUUCUGGAGUCUACCACGUUAUCAACGUACGAGAACUUAACAGCUGUUCUAUUAAAUUAAAGAGGCAAACGGUAAGCAGUGCAGAAAUUCACAAGCAAGUGGGAGAGCGAAAGAAACAUGAGAACAAUAAUUUUCACGGCUAUGUAUUUAUGUGUUUCGUAUGCUUAAGAUAGCAGGUCAGGGAUUUGUUGAUGAGUCGGUGAUCCGCUAUAUAGCAGAUGGAUUAAAGCUUAGCAAUGAUCUCAAAUAUCCUCUUUACAGUGCACAAACUUUCAAGGAGCUGCGAAGCCGAUUCGAAACGAUCAAAAUGAUGACAAAGGGAGAAAUCAAAAAGGGCAGCAGAGUGAAUUCACCAAAGCAGCAAAACCAGGAAAGCGAGUCGAUCAACAGCGAAGCAAAAAUAAAUGGCAUUGUUUCAACUGCGUCUCACCCGAUAAUUGAAGGAGUUGGAUGGAAUUUCUGCAUAACAUAAGUUUCUUAUCGUCCCCGAUUCAAUGGACUUUUCGAAUUUAACAGAGCACCAUUUGGGUAUUGAAAUUCGCCGCCAAAUUUGUGAGACGACAUCGUUGUUUUCGGGCAAACAGUUAUAAAGACAGAUACAAAAUGUCACAUUUUAAAAGAGCAUAUACAUUUUCUUGGCUAUGAGUUAGAAAAUGGGAAGAUAUGGAGCAACUAAAAGCAAUAUUUGGAGUCAAAGCGCUGAUUCGAAGCUGUGGCGCUAUUCUUACUACGAUUAAGAUGGUGACCUGAGAGCAAAGGAGGAUGAUGGGAGAUGGGCGUUAUGGGCAUCAGUUGGCAGCCCUUCUAGUAUCGAAUAGAGUCGUGUCUUGAAGAGUCCGUUGAGAAUGUCCAGCACUAAGAAGUAGAAGCCAUCGAAAUAAAGUUGCAAAGUUGUAGCGUCAAAAAGUAAUCAGCCGAAAAGUUGUCAAUUUGCGACCAUUGCUAAAUAUCUAUUACAAAUAUUAUUAAAUAAAACAUAGAUAAAUACAAUUAUCUUUCCUUCAAUAUUUCAUAUUUCAUAAUGAGGGCAUCCAAUCUUUAAGGAUUAACAUUAAGAACAUACAAAGAAACAUCAUGAUAAGCUGCAUUUAUACAGCUCUUAACAAUUGGCUUUAAAAAACAGUUUUCCCUUUUACUGUUAGGGAUUUGAUAAGAAAGUUAUUUUUAUACACUAAAUGUUGUAAAGAACAUAAUGUGAUAAGGUUUGAAAAGAAACGAGCUUAAGUGGUCGAUCAUUUAUUGUAAACUGAGCCGUUGGUUUAUAAAGACGGUAGAGCGGAGAACAAACCUAUUAAAAUAAAUUGAAUAACAAUGGGAAAACUAAUUCUCCAACAGUUUAUCCUAAGUAUCCUUGUUAUUGUUGUAACGUCAAAGGAUAUUCCAAACUGUGAUUUCUUCGAUACGGCUAAAUUAAAUAACAGUGAUAUGUUAGCAGAUGGAUCGUAUAAAUACGAAGAUAUUAUUAUUCCUUCAAAUCUGACGGGAGAAUAUGACUAUGUGAUCAAUUACGAUGGUGAUGAGGUUUCGGUGCCCAAACACAUCCGAGGUUGUGUGUGUAAAUUUAAGACUUGCAUUCGGUUCUGUUGCCAUCCCAAAAAGCAGAUGGGCAUUGGGAAUUGCUAUAAGAAAAUAUAUAAAAACCUUACCUACGAUCACACUCUGAAUAUAACGCAUCAUAAUGGAUCAGUGAUCGAGAAACACAUUUUUAAUGAUAUGUUUGUGCAGCAGGACCUUCCCGUUCCAUGCCAACAGCAUUACGUAUUGAAUGCUAAGGAAAAAGUUGAUAAAUGGGAUCUUUACGAGAAUGGAUCCUUUUUUAGACACUACGAUAAGCGAUUUCUGUCGAAGCAAGAAUUUUGUUUGCAGCCCAGGAAGAUGAAAAACCACACCCUCAUUGUAGCUUACAACUGCUUUGAGAAGAAAUCUAUGAAAAUGGCAUAUUUCAAGAUGAGCUCUGUAUUUUUUAUGGCUAUAACCAUUUUUGCCUAUCUGUGGUUGCCAAAAUUCCAAUCUCUUCAUGGAAAGUGCUGCAACCUUUACUUCAUUUGCCUGGCUUUAGCAUUUUCGCUGAAUGUUGCUAGCAUGUUUAGUGUAUUUGAAGUGUACACUUGUAUGUGCUAUCUUACUGGAUAUACUGGCUACUUUACAGUGAUGGCCACUUUUCUGUGGCUUUCCGUCAUCAGCUUCGACGUUUGGAGGAGAUUCGCAAUGCGUCGGUUCCAGGAUUUCUACAACAACAAUAGGAGCAGCUUCUUUAACUAUAAUGUUAUAGUAUGGAGCACUGCUGGAUUUUUAACCCUUAUCAUUUUCGUGGUGGAUCUAUUUGUUGUUACAGAUAUGAAGAAUCCCUACAAUCCUGCUGUGGGAGUUGUUUCAUGCUGGAUAUAUUCCGAUGGUUGGUCAGCAAUGUAUUAUUUUUUUGCCCCAUUGGCAUUACUAAUCAUUCUCAACGGAACAAUGUUUUUCCUAACGACUCGAUACAUUUAUGUCGAGAACAAAAAGAACCAGAAAGUGCUAAAUAAAUGUGAGCAGCAAAGGCAGUCAAGGAACCAAGCCAACUAUCGAGUAUAUCUCCGCCUUUUUAUCAUAAUGGGAGGAAGUUGGUUCCUUGAAAUCAUUGCCUUUAUAUGUAGGAUGGAAGAUGUGUGCAAGCUCUUCGUUGAAGUAAGCGAUUAUAUAAACUGUAGUCAAGGAAUAAUAAUAUUCGUGGCCACGUUCUGCAAUCAGGAAAUGUUAAAGUCCAUACGCAAGCGCAUCCAAAACGGAGAAAGUACUAACACGGAUUGCAAUAGUACUAGUCGUCCUCCAGAUAAUGAAAAAGUAGCCACGGUGGAAUAUAGAAAAUAAG